UUUCAGAUUAAUGUUACUUGAAAGUGAUCAAUAAUAAGAUAGUUCAAACAUCAAUAAUCAAUAACUAUAUAAAUCUACAUAUGUACUAUGUCUUAUAGAUAUAAUUUCAGUCAAUUAGGAAUAGACGAAAAAUUUAUGAUGACAAUGAUUUUAAGGAGGUUGUCAAAAAUUUUUAUAUUCUGAUCUCAGAAAUGAAUAAAAGUAUUUAAACAUCUUAAUUCAUUAUUAGUUAGGAAGAUUUCUAAAAUUCACAUGAGAAAAUAAUAACCAAAAUAAACUAAAUAGAGAAAUGCAAUCACAACUAAGUAACAAAUUAAAGAACCUCAGAUUAUUAAAAGAGAUAUCAAUAUUAGACCUGGAUUAUUGCAAGCUUAACAAUUCUUUAACUCUUGUUUCAGUUAAUAAAUAGUUAGUCAAUUAAUACCAAAUUUAAAUCAAACCAAACAUGAUCCAGUUUUCUGUGAAGAAAACAAACAACAUCUAGAUUUCUAACGCAAUCAGUUUCACAUAAAAAUUGCCUAUUAAAUAUAUAUCAAGAAAUUUGGUCCCUCCCUUGUUGAAAAUUAGGAUCCAACAUCUAUUGCCAAAAAAGUCAUGAAUACAAAUUUCAAUCCUAAAGUAAUUAUACUUUUAAGAACCAGUCACAAAUCCCAGAUGAUGAUAAAGAUAAUGAUAUUUCUGAUUUCCACAUUAAACCUAAUGAAGAUGCCAAAUAGAAACACUUGAAAGAUCUUGUUCGAGAAUUUUAGAGUGAUUAAUGAUUUUCAAAACAUUAUAAGAAGUAAG